AGGCAUAACUUAUUCUUUACACAUUUUACAUAACUUUUUAACAUUAUUAUAUAUAUGAAAGUUCAAAUGACCUAAAAUCAAUGUGUUCACAUGAUAUCCAGUCCCAAUUACAAAAGCAUUGAAAUAAAUAUAACAACGUAUAAAUAUAAUAUCGCUAAAAAUAUGACUGAAGACAGGGUUGAUUGUGAAAACAUUCAAAACCGAUACAUAUGUUCCAUAUGCUUAAAUCGAAAACCUUCCAAGGAAGAUUAUAAAUACAACGAAAGUAAUAAUCGAAAAUCAAAGUAUUGUCCUAUUUGUCGAAAAAGCUACGACCAUGAAAAUAACAAUUGCGUAGAACAAUACGCUCAUAAUGUUAAUAAAAGUAAUGAUAACCAUAAAACAGACAAAUCUUUACGAGAUGGAAAAGAAAAACGUGGGAAAAUCAUACAGACUUCUCAACCAGAUAUCACGCAAGGAAUGUCGCUGUUGAACGAAGUGUUAACUGUAUUUCAAAAUAAAAAACAUACAGACAAAUCUAAAACUAUAAUAUUAAAGGAUGCAAGUGUUAACACAGAAGAAAACGGGACAGAAGUUCCAAAGUUGACUCUUAGUAAAAUAUUUUACUGUUCAAUUGAAGAAAAUAGUCGAAUGCAAAAUAAUAAGUGUGUCAUUAUAAAUUGUCAACCAGAAGCAACUAAAACUUCUCAAUUUUCAAUGGAUCUGAUCAAUCGAAAAUCAUCAUCAAUACCGCAAAUGAAAUUGGAGGAGUUGAAAAAAUCUUUGAAAGAAAAAACGAAAUCGAAAGACGCAGUCGAAGAAGUCAACAGGAUGUUUGCAAGCGUAAGAAAAUAUGGAAUCGCUCAAAACUUAGAAAUUCCGAACAGACCAAUGAUACGGAACGGUCCAAGGGUGUUGCCUGUCGUGAAAACUACUAACGUAGAAAAAGAUACAAAGAGUAAAUCACCAAUAAAUUGCCACACUAAUUACAAAAUGUCUAGCGGUGAUUCUUUCGAGUGUUUCCAAACAAACGAGAGAUGUGAAAAUUGUAUUCAUAUGAUGUGCCACUAUCAACAUCGUUUAAAUCCUGCUUGUCCAAAUUGUCGGAACCACUGCGAACAAAACAAACACCCAAACAUUCAUGUAUAGGAUGCAGCUCUUAUUAUAGAAAUUAACUAUAUUGUGUUAUUAAAAUU